UGCCAAACAGAAAAAGGGAAGAUUAAUAUGAGCAAGGAAGCAAAAUGGGAUGGCUCACGUCUGUCCUCUUCUUCCUCUUCGCGGCAGCAUCUCUUCUAAAACCCUAACCCUAACGUAAACCUCCCUCUUUCUUUCUUUCCCUCUCAUUUUCCGAUUGGUCGCGCCAUGAGCCAAGACUCCAUGGACGUUGAUCAAUCCUCGCAAUCCCAGACCCUGCGCACCCUAACCGCGGGGCCGCUUUCUUCUUCACUCUCCAGCCUCGCCGCGUCUUCUCGCACCAUUCCUUUCAACAAGGACUUCCACUUCUUCUACAACUUCGACGAGUUCAAGUCCCCCGUCAAGCGAAUCUCCACCAAAUCGCAAUUGCUCCUCCAAUCAAUCGGCUCCUCCGGCGCCGUCCUCAAGGACGAGAUUGAAUUCCCAGGCGAUGGCGAUAUCGACUGCGUGGAGGCCUCCGAUUGGCUCGUUAACGUGAACGACGAUAUAUUCGAGCGCUUCGACUCGUCUGCCGAUGAGUUUGAGGUAGUGCGCAAGAGCCAGGAGGAAAAUGCUGCUCGGAACAACUCGGUUAUGGACAGCGAUGGUUUCCAGACCGUCUGCGGGAAGAAGAAGAAGAAGAACGUUUGGAUCAACCCACAGAGUGGAUUGGCUGGUAGCUCCGUCAGUAAUUCCACCGGGGACUCGGCAGUGAAGGUUGCUGAUAGGAAGGGAAAUGCAGGUGGGAAAGCAAAGAUCCCGUUCCAUAUUCCGUCGAUUAAAAGGCCGCAGGAGGAGCAUAACAUAUUGGUAAAUAAUUCCAAUCAGCCAUUUGAGCAUGUCUGGCUGGAAAGGAGUGCCGAUGGAUCGCGGUUCGUUCAUCCCCUGAUCUCUGAUAUAUUCUAUGGUAAUAUUUCUUGCGAGCAGGAAAAGCUUUCUUUUUUGGAUUUUGUGGACAAAGAUGCUGGCAGUAUUGAGCCGCUGGUUCCACCUGCUGUAGAGAGUACCCCAUUCAAGCUUGUCAAGGAUGUCAAGGAUUUGAAGGAGCUGGCUGCGAAAUUGCGUGCUGUUAAUGAAUUUGCGGUUGAUCUGGAGCAUAAUCAAUAUCGUUCUUUUCAAGGAUUGACAUGCUUGAUGCAAAUUUCUACAAGAACUGAGGAUUUCAUUCUAGACACCUUAAAGCUUCGUAUACAUGUUGGUCCUCAUCUUAGGGAAAUUUUCAAGGACCCAACCAAGAAAAAGAUCUUGCAUGGAGCUAAUCAAGACAUUGUGUGGCUUCAGAGGGACUUUGGAAUAUAUAUAUGCAAUAUGUUUGACACGGGACAGGCCUCAAGAGUGCUGAAACUGGAGAGGAAUAGUUUGGAAUAUCUUUUGAAUCACUUUUGUGGAGUUGUUGCUAACAAAGAAUACCAGAAUGCAGAUUGGAGGUUGCGUCCUCUUCCUAGUGAGAUGAUUAGAUAUGCUAGAGAAGAUACCCAUUAUCUGUUAUACAUUUAUGAUCAGAUGAGAUGCUUGUUGCAUUCAAUGCCUGAAGAAACUGAAAGUUCCGAAGCUCCCUUGGUGGAGGUGUACAAGAGAAGUUAUGAUGUUUGCAUGCAGUUGUAUGAGAAAGAGCUUUUAACAGAGGAUUCGUAUCUGCAUAUGUAUGGGUAUGCUCUCGUUCCUCUGAGAGUUCUUUACUGGAGUCUAGACUUUGGAGCAUUCUUAUAUGGCCCUGUUUCAAGUGAACUGCCAUCUAUUUCUUGCUUUUCUCUACUGCUCUUGCCAAGUGCCAACUUCAGUGCUCAUCAGCUUGCUAUUGUUGCAGGCCUGUAUGAAUGGAGAGAUGUUGUGGCUCGUAACGAAGAUGAGAGUACUGGUUAUAUAUUACCAAACAAAGUUCUACUCGAGAUCGCCAAGCAGAUGCCUCUAUCAACUGGCAAGUUGCAUCGUGUACUCAAAUUGAAGCACCAGUAUAUUGAGCGGCACCUCAGCUCUGUUGUACAAGUCGUUAGGCAUCAAAUGCAAAAUGCUGCUGCAUUUGAAGCUGCUGCGCAGCAAUUAAAGGAAUUGGCCUUGGAAAUGGCCUCACGAGAUACAGGUAAAUCAAACAAUGGCUCAGAAGUUCAAGAUUUGAAAAAUGCCGCCACUCCCUUAGGAACUCCAAAUGUUGGAGCACAAAAGAAUCAUGGUACCGAUGCAAAACAUGCCAGCACAAGUCUGCUGCCAGCAGUCAGUCCUUCAAAGAUUGAGAAGAAGCAUUUGGUGUACGGUAUCAGCGAAAAUGGGAAACUCGGUGUGGAGAUGACAAGAAGGGUUCCUCAAUCAAUGAAUCGGAGAGCAUCAGUUGUCUCAAAAGGCUCUGACUCGCUGUCAGAUUUGUCUCCUAGUGCAAAGGUUUCAGGUUCCACAGUACAGGUGCAAAAGAAGACAGGAGGCAUCUUCGGAUCAAUACUAGGAAAUGCUGCCUUGAAGCGGCGAGCUGAUACCGAUAAUAGGGAUCAAAGAGACACGAAGCUGGAAAAGAUUAAAUCCUCGGUUAGCCUUCCUUUUCACUCAUUUGCAGGGAGAGAUGAUGAGCUGCCAUCAAAACCAGAAAUAAAAAAGGAGGCUGCAGGUGUUUCACAGCCUGAAGAACACGCAGCUGCUGCCCCGGCUCGUGAGAUAAUAAUGCUGGAUUCAGAGUCCAGUGAUUUAGGAUUGGAAACCGAUUCAGAACUGGAGAUUGAUGAAUCGGAGGAUGAAUUCAGAGUGAAGAAGGAACCAGCCGAGUCUCCAUCGCAAGGAGACGAUGAAGCUGAAGAACCAGUUUCUGUAUCUGAUCUGUCUCUGGAACCAAGUGGUCUGUCCGAGCUGAAGCCAUUUGACUAUGCUGCUGCAGCGGAAAAACUGUUGAAGUUUGAGCGGCAACGGCCCGGGCCUGCUAAAGAAUCGGAAGAAGGGGUUGUGGAUAGAAAGAAGGCGGGCUUGAUGGAGUUAGUUAGAGGGAAAAAAUCGGCUGGCGGCAGCAGUGAGAAAGGCGACGACGGAACAUCGUCGGAAUUUCGGCCUGGUCGGAGGCGCCAUGCUUUUCCUGCAAGUGGCAACCGGAGUUACAGUUAUCGGUGACAUGGUAGUCUCUCUCUGUGUUUCGGUGUCCACUCUCCACUGUUGUAAAUUAUUACAGAAAGAAAAAAAAAGCGAGUUUUCUUGGGAUGUAAAAACUAGCUCAAAAUGCCGAAUGCAAGCAGUGGCCGGUUGGUCUUUUAUUAGUUUCCUCUUUAUUCCUGCAAAUGGCGCUUAAUGUGUGGAAUCCAUGAAAUACAGAAAUGCAUUUUUCAAAAUUGACUAGAAAGAAGCUCAGAGAUUCGAACUUAAGCACUUCAGAUUCAACACUGAUGUUAUUACCACAUGAUCAAGCCUUUUUUUAUUUUUAC